GGCGCCUUUUUAGCACUGGCAUCUCAUCGACAUUUUAGAGCACUUUCGUCUGACAGAAGUAACAAAGCGCAGUAAUAUUAAAAUAAGCAAUGUCGACGCUUGAAUUAUGUGAAAAGUACUUUGCGACCCGUGAUGUGUACAAACUGAUGGGUAUUGCAAAGGAUGCCAAAGAAAAAGAUAUCAAAAAAGCCUACCACAAGCUGUCGCUACUGGUGCAUCCCGACCGAGUUCCCGACGCGCAAAAGGACGAAUCGACCGAGAAGUUCAAAGUGCUCUCUAAAAUAUACCAGGUGUUAACCGACACACAGAAGCGUGCAAUCUAUGACGAACAGGGCAUCAUCGAUGACGAUGACGAGGGCAAGCUGACAAACUGGCUAGACUUGUGGAGCAAGAUAUUCAAGCCGCUGUCCGAAGAGGACAUCAGCAACUAUGAAAAAGAAUAUGUCGGCUCUGACCUGGAGCGCACAGAUAUCAAAAAAGCAUAUUUGGGGGGCAAGGGCUGCAUCAACUACAUCAUGAAUCAUGUGCCAUUCAUGAAAGUUGAAGACGAGCCCCGCUUCAAAGAGAUUGUGGCCAGCAUGAUAGCAGCCAAUGAUGUCCCCGAGUACAAGAUAUUCACGGAAGAGCCGGCCGCCAAGCGUAAUAAACGACACAAAAAAUAUGCUCGCGAAUCGAAAGAGGCGACUAUUAUCAAGGAACGCAUUAAGCGCCGGCGUGAAAAAGACGCUGAAGCAGAACAAGAGAUCUCCGACAGUGGGAAUCUGGAACAACUUAUAUUGGCGCGCAAAAAUAGCCGCGAAUCGAACUACAAUUCCCUUAUGGAUCGAUUGCUGGAGAAGUAUGCGGGAGAAGAUGAUUCCGACACAGUUGACUUUAGCAGCUUCGACAAGAAGAAGAAGCUGAAGGCAAAGACCGCGUCAAAAAAAACACAGAAAUCACCUAAGACAAAUAGUGUAAAGAAAGGACGGGUAGAGAAGCCAAAAGUUUAAACGCAUUGUUUUAUCAACUCAAAAUUGGUUUAGUUUUAAUUAUAUCUACAUAUACGUACUGAUAUUAAUAACAAUAAAAAAAAAAAACAAAGCAAAAGUGCUCUAGUCGGGAGUGCCCGACUACGAGAUACCUUUAAAACUGCGCAGAACUCAAUCGUA